AUGACGAGGCCUACCCUUCAAUCUGAGUUUCUUCCGGUUCAGUCCGGAUCACAGCGUGCAGCGCGCCUCAAUGUCCGUAGCUCAACCAGCCAGCCCUUCAGCCCUAGUCAACCCGCCAACCCUAGUCAACCCGCCAACCCUAGUCAACCCGCCAACCCGCCAACCCUAGUCAACCAGCCAGCCCUUGUCAACCAGCCAUCCUUAGUCAACCCGCCAGCCAUCCUUAGUCAACCCGCCAGCCCUCGUCAACCCGCCAACCCUAGUCAACCAGCCAGCCCUUGUCAACCAGCCAUCCUUAGUCAACCCGCCAGCCCUCGUCAACCCGCCAACCCUACCAGCCUUAGUCAACCAGCCAGCCCUUGUCAACCAGCCACCCCUAGUCAACCAGCCAUUCCUAGUCAACCAACCAGUCCUAGUCAACCAGCCAUCCCUAGUCAACCAACCAGUCCUAGUCAACCAGCCAGCCCUAGUCAACCAGCCAUCCCUAGUCAACCAACCAGUCCUAGUCAACCAUCCAGCCCUAGUCAACCAGCAAUCCCUAGUCAACCAACCAGUCCUAGUCAACCAUCCAGCCCUUGUCAACCAGCAAUCCCUAGUCAACCAACCAGUCCUAGUCAACCAUCCAGCCCUUGUCAACCAGCCAUGCCUAGUCAACCAACCAGUCCCAGCCAACCAUCCAGCCCUCGUCAACCAGCCAUCCCUAGUCAACCAUCAAGCCCUAGUCAACCAGCCAGCCCUAGUCAACUAGCCAUCCCUUGUCAACCAACCAGUCCCAGCCAACCAUCCAGCCCUCGUCAACCAGCCAUCCCUAGUCAACCAUCAAGCCCUAGUCAACCAGCCAGCCCUAGUCAACUAGCCAUCCCUAUUGAAACCAACCAGUCCUAUCAACCAGCCAGCCCUAGUCAACCAGCCAGUCCUAGUCAACCAGCCAUCCCUAGUCAACCAGCCAGCCCUAGUCAACCAGCCAGCCCUAGUCAACCAGCCAGUCCUAGUCAACCAACCAGUCCUAGUCAACCAGCCAGUCCUAGUCAACCAGCCAUCCCUAGUCAACCAACCAGUCCUAGUCAACCAACCAGUCCUAGUCAACCAGCCAGUCCUAGUCAACCAGCCAUCCCUAGUCAACCAACCAGCCCUAGUCAACCAGCCAGUCCUAGUCAACCAGCCAUCCCUAGUCAACCAGCCAGCCCUAGUCAACCAACCAGCCCUAGUCAACCAGCCAUCCCUAGUCAACUAGCCAGUCCUAGUCAACCAGCCCUUGUCAACCGACCAUCCCUAGUCAACCAGCCAGCCCUUGUCAACCAGCCAUCCCUAGUCAACCAGCCAGCCCUAGUCAACCAACCAGCCCUAGUCAACCAGCCAUCCCUAGUCAACUAUCAACCAGCCAGCCCUAGUCAACCAGCCAGUCCUAGUCAACCAGCCAUCCCUAGUCAACCAGCCAUCCCUAGUCAACCAGCCAGCCCUAGUCAACCAGCCAGCCCUAGUCAACCAACCAGUCCUAGUCAACCAGCCAGUCCUAGUCAACCAGCCAUCCCUAGUCAACCAACCAGCCCUAGUCAACCAGCCAGUCCUAGUCAACCAGCCAUCCCUAGUCAACCAGCCAGCCCUAGUCAACCAACCAGCCCUAGUCAACCAGCCAUCCCUAGUCAACUAGCCAGUCCUAGUCAACCAGCCCUUGUCAACCGACCAUCCCUAGUCAACCAGCCAGCCCUUGUCAACCAGCCAUCCCUAGUCAACCAGCCAGCCCUAGUCAACCAACCAGCCCUAGUCAACCAGCCAUCCCUAGUCAACUAG